UAGUCAAACCUAAAGGAAGAAUCCUUGACAACUUCCUGCGCAGCAGAAACACGUGAGAAAACGUGUGUUACCUUAGCAGCUCUAUUUAUAUUAUACAGACAACAGGAUUGUCAAUGUUAUCGCGACUAAUGUGAAGGAUAUCACAGUAUCUGUCCACCUGAAAUUAUCAGUGUUGUUUUUAAGCUGCAGACUGGUGAAAAUGCCUGCAGUCACUUUAUUUGUCAGAAAAUUACCCGCUACAGCCACCAGUGAGCACCUGGGAGAAGUAUUCUCAGAAGUAGGCCCCCUUAAGAACUGCUUUGUUGUCAAAGAUAAAGAAUCAGGAAAAUGUCGUGGCUUUGGAUAUGUGACAUUCGCCAUGGGAGAAGAUGCUCAACGGGCCUUGAAAGAAGUCCGACAGUACGACGGACUGAAGAUAUUUGUAGAUGUGGCCAAGAGAAAACCUGACGAGAAGAAGAUGGCGAAAGCGAAACGGAAGGAAGCUGCAGAAGGUACAAAGAGCCCUAAAGUACCCAAAGAACCAGCAGAAACCAAAAGCCCACUCAAGUCUGUAGGCAUGAGAAAGACAAAACUGAGAGCUCGUUUGAUCAUCAGAAAUCUCAGUUUUAAGUGUACGGAGGAUGAUUUGAAGCAGAUCUUCUCUGAAUUUGGAGCAGUGCUUGAAACCAAGAUUCCUCUAAAACCAGAUGGCAAGAUGCGAGGUUUUGCAUUUGUGCAGUUUAAGAACAUGCUUCAAGCAGCAAAAGCUCUUAUGGCGACGAACAUGAAGGAGAUUAAAGGCAGACCGGUGGCUGUGGAUUGGGCCAUUUCAAAGGACAAGUAUACCGCCGCCCAACAGGCUUCAGCAUCUGGAGUCAAGAAAGAAGUGGAAUCUGAAGUUGCAGUGGUUGAUGGGAAGAAACACGCUAAGAACACGUUCGUGCCAAAGCAAGAGGAGUACGACUCGGAGUCAGAGGAAGAGGGUGAUGAAGACGAGUCUGCCAGCAAUGAAGAGGAUGAUGCAAACAAUGACUCUGAAUCUCAGCAGACAGACAGUGAUGCCAGUGAAGACGAGGAUGAAGACGAUGACGACAGUGAGGGAGAAAGUGACGCAUCUCCAAAGAAGAAGAACCCUCUUCCUUCAGAUGUGAACGAGGGCAGAACCGUCUUCAUCAGAAAUGUGUCUUUUGACUCUGAUUCGGAGGGUUUGGAGAAAGCUCUGCUGAACUUUGGAGAGAUAAAAUACGUGCAAGUGGUGAUGAAUGCCGACACGGGACACUCGAAAGGUUGCGCUUUUGCUCAGUUCAAAAUGAAAGAGGCUGCAGACAAAUGCAUCGCUGCAUCUCAGGAUGAAAAAGAAUCUGGUGGCAUCAGAGUUGAUGGCAGAAGGUUGAACAUUUCGGCUGCCGUGAGCCGAGAAGAUGCUGUCAGAUUCAAGGACAAGAAAGUGAAGAUUCACACGGGCUCCAGGAACCUUUACCUCGCCAGAGAGGGCCUGGUCCGUCCUCAAUCUAAAGCUGCAGAAGGUGUUUCAGAGAGUGACAUGGCCAAGAGGACAAGAUUUGAAGAAAUGAAAAGGGAAAAGUUAAAGGACAUGAACGUGUACGUCUCCCAAACGCGGUUGUGUGUUCAUAACCUGCCAAAGAGCGUCACUCAACCUAAACUACGCAAGAUCUGUAUCUCUGCCGCUGGGGAUAAAACGGCCCGCAUCACUGAGUGUCGUGUGAUGUAUGACAAGAAGCCCGUUAAAGGGCAGGUGAUGGGUCACUCUCUAGGAUACGGCUUUGUGGAGUUUAAGGAGCAUGAACAUGCCCUCAAGGUCCUACGGCACCUCAACAACAACCCAGACAUCUGCGGACCCCAAAAGAGACCCAUCGUGGAGUUUUCUUUGGAGGAUGGAAGAAAGUUGAAACUUAAAGCCAUGCGUCUGCAAAACAGCAAGAAGCAGCUGAAAAAAGGUCAGCCACCACAAAGUGUUGUACAAAGCCAAGGUCCCGUUCGGAAAGGAAAUACUGUUAACGUUGCCAAACAGGAGAAGGCACAUGGAAGCCAGUACACCGGCUUCAUGACCAAACCAGAGGUGGAACACGUGGAACUGCAGGACGGCAAAAAACGUCAGAAAGUUCUGCACAUGCCUUCCCAUAGAGGCCCAAAGAUCAGGAAACGUGACAAGGGGAAACAACCUGUACAACCCAAAAAACUGAAGAAGGGACCCACCAGGAGAGAUAGAAACAUGUCCACUAUUCUUGAGAAACCCAGUCAGAACAAGAAACAGAAUGCCAAACCUGCAAAGAGAAAUUUCCGAAACCGAGAGGACGACCGCUUUGACAGUUUGGUGGCGCAGUAUAAAAAGAAACUUAUGGGCAACUCCAACAAUAAGACUGCAGUUAAGAAGAACAAAUGGUUCAGCUGAAUGUGUUGAAGCUCUGUAGAGGACUGAAUUAAAUCUCUUGCUCAGUUGAGUUUUUAAAACUGCUCAAAUGUGUCAUUCAUGUCAGUUUUAACAUUUAAACGAGAUGGAUAAAUCUGGUUGAUCUGGUGAAUUCAUUGUUACAUUCUAUCAAGUGCACAAUUGUGUCAAAUGGAACACGGAAUCUUUUAGACGUUACAAAGUUGCAGCUUUGUAUCCAGAAUAGUUUGUAGGCUGGUGUCAAUAUUGACUUGCUGUCAUUAUUUAACCAAACAGCUGCACUCGCUCUGAGCACACAUCUCGGGAAAGUCCUUCUAAAUGAACUUUGUUCUUGGUUUAUUGUUGUAUUAAAGCAUGUAUUAGUGUUUGUCUGAUACAGAUGUUUAUGAUAUAAUGCAUACAUACACAAUAAUACAAUUUAAAUACGGCAAAGAUGUACACAACAUCGCUGAACUCUUGUUUACUCAAUUUACUAAAUAAAUAAAUUUGUAAAUUAACAGUUUCAUUUAUUAUCCUUUGACAAAGCCAUCUGGAGAUUUUGGAA